CACAACAUGGCGGACUAGAAUAGUCGGCCGACGCGCCCGGAUACAGUGGAUAAACCGUGGGAUUUACCAUUCAGGAGGACGAAGAAACUCCACUCAGUAGGAACGAUAUAGCAAGGGAAAAUAAGGAUUCUUCGCCGCACGGCCCUUGUCUUGUUUUCUUUUUUCUGGAGACACACAGACUACGAAGUAUUGGCUGUGUGUCCCAGAUCAUUCCUCCCCUAUCACCCAGGUCCCCCCACCCCGCUCACACUCUCGGCUCCUGGGGUGUGGAGACAGGGGCCGGGUUGAAAAACGUGGAAAAGAACGAUAACACAAAUUCCCAAGUGGCCGCUGCUGUGAUUUUCCUAUAGGAUUCUCCCGAGAGAUACUGGAGUUGCGGAUCACACUGUGCGAAUGAGUGAUUGAUGCCAGCCUCGCUCCCUAAGGGCAGAAUGGGUGUGUGUCCCCUGCUCCUGCUGCUUGGUCUAGCCCUAGGGGCCUCGGUCCAGGAUCCUCUCCCCACCACAGACCCUCCAGUUCCUCCUAUCAUCACUGCCAAACCCACAGACCCUCCUGUUGCAUCCUCUCUCAACAUCACAGUUGCACCCACACCUGCACCCACAGGCCCGCCCACGGCCCUCGCCCCCACAGUCGCCCCAGAAACAACAACCACCACCACCAUCACCCCAACAAGUCCAACAAACGAUGAAGCGGAGUCACCAGCAGCUCCGACUGCCGCACCCCUUCCUCCUCCCCCAACUCCAGAACUACCUGAUACCCCUGAGGCAAUGAGCACUGCACCUCCUCCUCCUGCCACCACCUUGCUUCCGGAUGGAGGAGGAGAAAAUGGGACAACAGCCUCAACUCCAGACACCUCUACAGACUUGGGCAUGGCAACCACCACAGAAGCUGGUGGGGAUUACGCCACAGUUCCACCUGACGAUGAUGACGAUCCAGACGACAACCAGUCCGAUGAGAUGCCUAUCAUAGCGGUGAUGGUGGCUCUGUCCUCCCUGCUGGUCAUUGUCUUCAUCAUCAUCAUCCUCUACAUGCUCAGGUUUAAAAAGUACAAGCAGGCAGGAAGCCAUUCCAACUCCUUCAGACUGACCAAUGGUAGAUCAGACGAUACAGAGCUCCAGAGCGUGCCACUAUUGGCCCGUUCACCCAGCACAAACAGGAAGUACCCGCCCCUUCCUGUCGACAAGCUCGAGGAGGAGAUGAACCGUCGCAUGGCUGACGACAACAAGCUCUUCAGGGAGGAGUUUAAUGCACUGCCGGUCUGCCCCAUCCAGGCAUCAUGUGACGCUGCCUCCAAGGAAGAGAAUAAGGAAAAGAACAGAUAUGUCAACAUCCUGCCAUAUGAUCACUCCAGGGUGCAUCUCUCAUCUCUAGAGGGAGUCCCCGACUCCGACUUCAUCAACGCCUCCUUUAUAAAUGGUUACCAAGAGAAGAAUAAGUUUAUUGCAGCUCAAGGUCCAAAGGAGGAAACAGUAAAUGAUUUCUGGCGGAUGAUCUGGGAGCAGAACACAGCCACCAUAGUCAUGGUGACCAAUCUGAAGGAGAGAAAGGAGUGUAAGUGUGCGCAGUACUGGCCGGACCAGGGCUGUUGGACAUACGGGAACAUCCGCGUGUCUGUAGAAGACAUGAUGGUUCUGGUGGACUACACUAUCCGCAAGUUCUGCAUUCAACAGGUGGGCGAUGUGUCUGGGAAGAAGCCCCAGAGGCUUGUCACCCAGUUCCACUUCACCAGCUGGCCAGACUUCGGGGUGCCCUUCACCCCCAUUGGUAUGCUCAAAUUCCUCAAGAAGGUCAAGACAUGCAACCCCCAGUAUGCUGGGCCCAUCGUUGUCCACUGCAGUGCGGGCGUAGGGCGGACAGGGACCUUCAUCGUGAUCGAUGCCAUGUUGGAUAUGAUGAACUCUGAGAGGAAGGUGGACGUCUUUGGUUUCGUCACCAGGAUCAGAGCCCAGCGCUGUCAGAUGGUGCAGACUGAUAUGCAGUAUGUGUUCAUCUUCCAGGCGUUGUUAGAGCACUACUUGUAUGGAGACACAGAGCUGGAGGUGACCUCUCUGGAGUCCCACCUGGCCAAACUCUACGCCCCACUGCCUGGAGCUGGCUGUGGGGGCCUGGAGGCCGAAUUCAAGAAACUGACGUCCAUCAAGAUCCAGAAUGACAAAAUGAGAACAGGCAACCUGCCCGCCAACAUGAAGAAGAACAGAGUCCUACAGAUCAUUCCAUACGAGUUCAACAGAGUGAUCAUUCCUGUCAAACGAGGAGAGGAGAACACCGAUUAUGUUAACGCCUCAUUCAUCGAUGGUUACCGUCAGAAGGACUCGUACAUGGCCAGCCAGGGUCCCCUGCAGCACACCAUCGAAGACUUCUGGAGGAUGAUCUGGGAGUGGAGGAGCUGCUCCAUAGUCAUGCUCACUGAGCUGGAGGAGAGAGGGCAGGAAAAGUGUGCCCAGUACUGGCCCAGUGACGGAGUGAUGGUCUACGGGGACAUUUCCAUCGAGCUCAAAAGAGAGGAAGAGAGUGAGAGCUACACUGUGCGAGACCUCCUGGUUACCAACAACAGGGAGAACAAGGCUCGAGCGGUGCGUCAGUUCCAUUUCCACGGCUGGCCUGAGGUGGGCAUCCCCACGGACGGCAAAGGCAUGAUCAACAUAAUCGCCGCAGUGCAGAAGCAGCAGCAGCAGUCAGGCAAUCAUCCUAUCACUGUGCACUGCAGUGCGGGAGCUGGCCGGACGGGGACUUUCUGUGCGUUAAGUACAGUCCUGGAGAGAGUGAAGGCAGAGGGCAUCCUGGAUGUCUUCCAGACAGUCAAGAGCCUCAGAUUGCAGAGACCCCACAUGGUGCAGACACUGGAGCAGUAUGAGUUCUGCUACAAAGUGGUCCAGGAGUAUAUCGAUGCCUUUUCCGACUACGCCAACUUCAAGUAGGGACCAGCCAUGGAUGGAUGUCUACAUACACUUCAUAAAAAACGCACACACGUACAUACAUACAUUAACAUGCACACGGCUGCAUAUUCCCAUCCGAUGGAUAUAAAACUCAUCACAGCUUGAUGUGUGGAUGGGAUGAACUGCCCGGAGGAAAAGGGAACAGAGAUCUCGGCACAGAGAAAUCGCAGUGCAGUCGGACAGAGAAAAUAACGGAGAUGCCUUCUUGAAUAUUUUGUAAUAUUGGUCUUGUUAAUACAACCCUUUGCCCCUAUUUGCUUCCUAUCUCUCCCCUUAAAUGUAUAUAUACUUACCAUGUUGCAUCUUUUGACUUUGGGUUCAGACACAGAUUUGAGUUUGGCUGCAUUUUAGGGUGGCAUCUGUAAUGUAUUUUAUUGGUAUAAAUAUAUAUAUAUAUAAAUAUAUAUGAAUAUAUAUAUGAAUAUAAAUCUAAUGCUUUAGAGGCUAAUUUCAAAAAUCCAGAGUCGAGGGAAUGGUAUUUAGGGCUUUUUUGUUGUUUUUAUUUUUAUUUUAUUUUAUUUUUUUUAUUUUUUUUACCAUUUUAGGACAGACUUAAAUUCACGCUGUAGCAACUUGUGGCUGGUAGCAGAACCCAGGAGUUGUGUACAUACAGUACAACCUGGGUUGCUUUUCAGUCUUGGACAUUCAUACACAAAUGCACACACACACAAAUGCACACUGCAGAGCUUUUUUUUCCUUCACGCAGGAGUGCUUGAAUUUAUGUGUUAAAGCCCCCCCCCCACCAUUGAGUCUGAAGGGUCAGGAGUUCAGAGGUCAACCAUGAUUGGAGAUCAGGAUCACUGUGACGUAGCUCCUGAUCCCAGCAUCACACACACACGUACAAACACACACUUAUACACACACACUUACACACUUAAAAAUACCUGGAGCCAUUUGUUCUCAGGGCACCAACAUGUGUGUGUGUUUGAAUUGGAGCUUAAACUCACUGCGUUUUCUAAUCACUGUUUUAUCUUCGCCGAGUGCCAAAGCCCUUCACUCACUUAGUAAGCUCAGCUCUGGAAGCUAACCCGAUCCGUGGACUGUGUUACUGUCCACUGGUUGGUAAGAUGUCUCUCUUACAUCCAUGCGUACAGCACUCUGACAAGAAAAUGGGAAAGAAGGAAAUUUUUUGUCAAUACCCACACCCCCAUACAGAAAAGAAAUAAAAGGUGUUGGAGAAUCAGACCACCUUUUCCUCUAAAAUGUUCUUUAUUUCAAACACUAUCAUCAGCAGUGUUGAUUAUAUCAACAUGCCAAACCAGAAAUAACACAAUCAUAAUUAAUUCCAGCAAUUUGUUGCAUUAAAGAAAUCAACUAAUUCUUUAUAUUCCAUUUAUUGUUUACGGACAUUACACGUGUCAGUAUUUCUUGAUUGUAGAUUGUAGUGAUAACUUUAUUGUAAUGCAUUUCUUUUCUGUAUGGGUUACCUUGGAGUUAUCAUGAAUUUCCUAUUUUUUAUACUGGCCACACAUCACAACACUGUAACCUUUUUUUUUUUUUUAACAAGUAUUCUGCUUUUUUCCUCCAUGAUCACUGAUGCCGAAGAAUGUGUCUUUUUUUAAUAUUACAAUGCUGUUGCUCUGAUAUUCCUCAAAAAUGGAUACAUUGUUACUUUAUUUGUGAAAGUGUGCCAUGCGAUGUUUGCUGUGAUUAUUUCUCUUUAAUGGCUGUCCUAUGACGAGGACGCUCAGGCUUGAAAUACCUUGUGUUUUAGAUGAGGCCACCACUGAGGCCGCCCCCUUUAUGAUUGUAAUGAAAGAUAAAUGAUGUCAGUUAAGCACAGGGUUUAAGGUCAGUCCUAUUUCAACUCUGUCAACGCAGGAAAUGACUGAUGCCAGGACUGCCUCAAUUUACAAAUUCAAUCUGAGUUCAUUUCCACAGUUGACUCGAGUUCAAAUGGUUUUCCACUUUCAGCAGAGGAGUAUUCAGAUAUCAGCUGCCUGUCGCCCAUGUGGUUUCUGUGAAACAGGUUUAAAUUAGGGGGGAAAUGAAACUGGUUUGAUUCAUCAUAAACUUACACAUGUAGUUCUGUGAUGUGUUGACAAGGAAUUCAACAGAAUGUCCCUCGCUGACAUCAGCAUGAAAUGAUUAGGAGUUCACAAGCAAUUUCAACCUUGUCUGCACUGUCUCAACUGAAACACUAUUUUUUACAAAACACCUACAUCACACUAAUCAACUAAGGGUCCCAUUAUUAGGAACACUUUUUUACAAGAUGGAGCACAAUCAAUUUAUUCAUAGUAAACAGAGGCAAGAAAUUUUUUUUUUUUUAGAAAAGUUAGUAACGUCAUUGUUGAUUGUUUGAACAUUCAUGCGCCAUUUGCACCAUAAUAAAAGCCCUUGAAAUUAUCAAACCAAAUGAGAGAAAAGGUCAAGCAGAUAGUAUGAUGUUGAUAUGGGAAUAAGUAAUUGAUAUGGGAAAUAAGUUGAACCACAACACUUUGGAAGCUCUUUGAAAUCUCUUCUUAUGGCCUCAGGUUAGGCUUUUUGCUUGGGCACCUUAUUUUGAAGCUCUAGGGACAGUAAGAAAUGUGGACAUUUCACCGCACCGGUCACUGAAAUUGUCGGCUGUCAUAGCAACGUUGUUAUCAUUUCAGGUCAACUUUCAUUCCAAAGCAUCACAAGUGCCCAUACUGUUAGCUAGGUGCCAUUUUGUUCAGUAAUUAUUUAUUUGGUCACCAAUUAGGUCUUCAGUACCGAGUGGAGGAGAUGGGUGUACAGACAGUAGGGAAGGAUAUGCUUUUUUGUUGGGCUAUUUCUAUCUCGUAUUUAACUUACUUGGUUGUGUUUGGUGAAUGUGAUCACCUAUCUUCACUGUAAUUUGACAAAAAAAAAAAAAAAAAAAGUACACUGUGCCAACCUACGCGACCCAUUAAUUUACUAUGGU